CGUUAUAACCCAGCCUGGGCCCAUAGAGUCGCUUUGGCUGACGAAAUCGUCUUUUCUGCUCUGGCUUAGAGAAGCCCCGGAUGCGUCAUCUUUUGCGCAGGAGCGGUACGGCUAAGGCUUGCAUGUGUGAAGCCAAGUUUCCGGGGAGAAGAGCCACCAGAACCAGGUGGCGGUUUUAGGGGUCGGUACGGAGCUACCAGCCAUGCCCAAAGGAGGGAAGCAGCCCCAGCCCCAGGAAGAAUGGAUCGGGGACGAGGAAGUGAAGAACUGCCCCGGAGAGGGGGCUGGAGAUAAAGUGGUAAAGAAAGGGAAGAAGGAUAAAAAGACCAAAAAGUCGUUCUUCGAGGAGCUGGCUGUGGAGGAGAAGCACACCAGUGAGGAGCAAGCAGCUGAGAAAGAGAAGGAGCAGCAGCAACUGCAAAAGAAAAGACGUGAUAAGAAAAAAGACAGAAAGAAAAAAGAGGUGGAAGAAGAUGAGGAGGAGAAUCAGCUGAUUGAGAAGCUGAAGAAACUGUCAGCCCAAGCCAGCGAUGAGGAAGAUGAAGUGCCUAUCACCCUCAGCAAAGCUGGCAAGAAAAAGAGGGGAGGGAAUGUGUUUGCUGCCUUGACUCAGGAGCAGAGUGAGGAAGAGGAGGAGGAAGAGGAGGAGGAGGAGGAGGAAGAACCACUAAAGCCCGUCAAACCUGACAAGAAUAAGAUCAACAAGGCUGCUUCAGAUAGCGAAGAGGAGAAGAAACCAGUCAAAAAAGGGCCAAAAUCCAAACAGAAGGAGGAGGAAGAGGAAGACAUGAAGAGGAAGAGUAGGAAAAAUGAGAAGAACAAAGGAAAACAGCAGACUGCAACCAAACAGGCUCCUGAACCUGAAGAAACUGCAAAAAAGCCCAAGGGGAAAAAGAAUCAGCCGACCAAGAACAUGUUUGCUGCUCUGGAGGCAGAGGAGAUGGAUGAUGAAGAAGAGGGGGAAGAGGAUGACGAACAGGAAGAGUCCACAAAGGGCAAAGAGAAGUCCAAGCAGAGCAGCCAGCCGGAGUCUGAGGAGGAUGAAGAGGCCAGGGAGAAGAAGGAAGAUGAUCCCUAUGCUCAUCUCAGCAAAAAGGAGAAGAAGAAGCUCAAGAAGCAGCUGGAUUUUGAGCGGCAGGUGGCCACCCUGAAAGCGGCCAACGCAGCAGAGAAUGACUUCUCGGUAUCACAAGCAGAAAUGUCCUCGCGGCAAGCAAUGCUGGAGAACGCCUCGGACAUCAAGCUGGAGAAGUUUAGCAUCUCAGCUCAUGGCAAAGAGUUGUUUGUCAAUGCGGAUCUAUACAUUGUAGCUGGACGCCGAUACGGCCUGGUGGGGCCCAAUGGAAAAGGUAAAACCACCUUGCUGAAACACAUUGCCAACCGGGCCCUGAGCAUCCCUCCCAAUAUUGAUGUACUGCUCUGUGAACAAGAGGUGGUUGCGGAUGAGACCCCCGCGGUGCAGGCAGUGCUCAAAGCUGACACCAAGCGCCUGAAGCUGCUGGAGGAGGAGAAGCGGCUGCAGGUGCUGCUGGAGAAAGGGGAAGACGCUGCCGGAGAACGGCUGGAGAAGGUCUAUGAGGAACUGCGGGCCACGGGAGCAGCGGCGGCGGAGGCGAAGGCUCGGAGAAUCCUGGCUGGCUUGGGCUUCAAUCCCGAGAUGCAGAACCGGCAGACCAAAAAGUUCUCUGGGGGAUGGCGAAUGAGGGUGUCCCUGGCCAGAGCACUGUUCAUGGAGCCCACAUUGCUGAUGCUUGAUGAGCCCACCAACCAUCUGGAUCUGAACGCCGUCAUCUGGCUAAACAACUACCUCCAGACAUGGAAGAAAACCCUCCUUAUUGUCUCCCACGACCAGGGUUUCCUGGACGAUGUGUGCACAGAUAUCAUCCACCUGGACAUGCAGAAGCUUUUUUACUACCGGGGAAACUACAUGACUUUCAAGAAGAUGUAUCAGCAGAAACAGAAGGAGCUGCUCAAACAGUAUGAGAAACAGGAGAAGAAGCUGAAAGAUCUCAAGGCUGGAGGAAAGUCCACAAAGCAAGCAGAAAAGCAGACCAAGGAGGCCCUGACCCGCAAGCAGCAAAAAUGCCGUAAGAAGAACCCGGAUGAAGAGGCAAAUGAGGUCCCCGAUCUACUGAAGCGGCCAAAGGAGUAUACUGUGAAAUUCACCUUCCCAAACCCGCCACCCCUCAGCCCACCCAUUUUGGGCUUGCAUGGCGUGGACUUCUGUUAUGAGGGGCAGAAGCCUCUCUUCAAAAAUUUGGACUUUGGGAUUGACAUGGAGUCUCGAAUCUGUAUCGUGGGCCCCAAUGGUGUGGGGAAAAGUACGCUACUCUUGCUGUUAACAGGGAAGCUGACGCCGACCAGAGGGGAAAUGAGAAAAAACCACAGACUGAAAGUCGGAUUCUUCAAUCAGCAGUACGCUGAUCAGCUGAAUAUGCAGGAAACGGCAACAGAGUAUCUGCAGCGCAACUUCAACCUGCCCUACCAGGAUGCCCGCAAAUGCCUGGGACGCUUUGGCCUGGAGAGCCACGCCCACACCAUCCAGAUCUGCAAGCUCUCUGGAGGACAGAAAGCCCGUGUGGUAUUUGCUGAACUGGCUUGCAGAGAACCAGAUGUUCUCAUUUUGGAUGAACCUACAAAUAACCUGGAUAUUGAGUCAAUUGAUGCCUUGGGAGAUGCCAUCAACGAGUACAAAGGCGCUGUGAUAGUUGUGAGCCACGAUGCCCGGCUUAUCACGGAGACCAACUGCCACCUGUGGGUGGUGGAGGAUCAGACAGUCAACCAGAUAGAUGGUGACUUUGAAGACUACAAACGCGAAGUGCUGGAGGCCUUGGGCGAAGUCCUCAUCAAUCGGCCCCGGGAGUGAGACUGAAGAGGUGGAGCCUCUGCUAAAUAGGCCCAGCCUCCUUCUCUUUUCCUAGUGGACGCUCUACCCUUUCCUUGUGAAUUCAGGACUCUAUUUAUCUGAGAGUGGGAGGGGAGAGAGCUUGAGCAUGGGCGAGGAUGCUUAAAAAAAGUGUUUCUUGGCUGCCUUUUCCUCUUCCUCCCCACCACCACCAAGAAAGUACAAGUGUUUGAGGGGGCUGGUAAAGUGCAGAUGUGCCUCACAGCAGCUUGUUUUCCAUGAGGCAGACAUUUUGGUGUCAUUUUUACAGAUCUCCUCUCUCACCUUCCCCCCACCUUUCCCCUUUUUAAGAAGACUUGGAGCAGAGUUGUGUACACUUACUAAAUUAAAAUGUGAAGGAUG